AUGACUCCAUCGGGAACCUACGAGGCUGCCGGCGUCGCGCUGGACGCGAUGGAAGGGUUGAAAGACCGCAUUAAGGCUUUUGCGGGAAUUACCCACGGCCCCCAGGUGCUGGACGGAGGCGGCGGUUUUGCCGGCCUCUUCGCACUGGAUGCCAUCGACGAACCCGUUCUGGUGGCGAGCACCGACGGCGUGGGCACCAAGCUGAAAAUUGCGGCGCAGUUGGGACACUUCGAGGGCGUGGGCCAGGACCUGGUUACCCUCAAUGUCAAUGACAUCCUGACCAAAGGCGCGCGCCCGCUGUUCUUCCUCGACUAUGUAUCGUUUAGCGUGCUGGACGAACACCGUCUGGAGAUGCUGAUGCGCGGCAUAGUCUGGGGGUGUCGCGAAGUCGGCUGUGCAUUGAUUGGGGGCGAAACCGCCCAGCUGCCCGGUGUCUACUCCGACGCCGAUUUCGACCUGGCCGGGUUCGUCGUCGGGAUUGCCAGCCGCAGCCAGCUACUGGAUGGCAGCGCCGUGAAACCAGGCGACCGAUUGAUCGGGAUACCCUCCAGCGGCGUUCACACCAAUGGGUUUUCUCUGGUGCGCCACGUGUUUGGCGUGGAUGAAGACCCAACGGUGUUGCACCGGCGCGUGCCCGGCUUGAACCGUAAUUUGGGCGACGAACUGAUGGUGCGGCACCGCGCCUACCACCCGCUGCUGGCGCCGUAUCUCCCGCAAAUGAAGGCAUUGAGCCAUAUCACGGGCGGCGGUUUGCCGGGCAAGGUUCCUGCGGUGCUGCCACCGGAUGUGGCGGCAGAAUUUCGGCUCGGUUCGUGGGCCAUCCCUCCCAUUUUCGGUGCUGUGCAGCAGGCCGGCGGAAUCAGCGACGCCGAGAUGUAUCGCGUGUUCAACAUGGGUUUGGGUAUGGUAGCGGUGUGUGACGCCGCCGGGGCAGAUGCGGUGCUCCAGGGCGUGCCCGAUGCCGUUGACGUGGGACAAAUCGUGGGCCGCGCCGAUGAAGCCCGAGCGAUAUUUCGAAACGCAUAG